AUGUGGCAGACCCUUAGAAAGCAAUCUGCUCAAGAGCGAUCAACGAAAGUGAUAGGGCUAGGCCUUCUCCUAUUGUUGGUUAUUUUGUUUCUUGUUGGAAUAUUCGUAUUCAAAGUCAAAGACUUCAAUACCAUUGGAUUUGCAGCACUUCGAGAUGAAGUGAUAUCGAACUACACGGAGUACUUGUACACCCACCAGAAGAAUGUCAGCGUUUAUGACCUCUUCGUAUCGAUCGACGAGACGAUGUUGGAAAGGUCUCAGCCGGUAAUGGUGGAUCCACGAAUCGAUCCUGUGUCGGUGGUGAACAUGAUGCUCGGAAUAUAUGAAGAAUUUCACACUUCGGACUCACUACUCGUCAACGCCUAUUUCUUCGUUGCAAAUCUCGUGAUAUCCUUUAUCAUCAUCUGCCUCUGCCAUAUACUGGAUAGAAAAUUCAAUGAACAUUUUGCAAAAGACUGGACUGGAUUUUCCUGCCCACCGCGAGAUAUUCUACUCGAAUUCCGAAAGAAACUCUCGGAAGCGAAAGAAGGAGACGGUAAAAUACGAGUGUGCUCCAUGCCUAAUCCUCCACCGAAAUGUCCAGAAAGGACUGCGUUUCUUCAUCGAAAGACCGACUUUCCCAAUGAAUUCUUUGCUGUUCUCAACUUCUGUGCCGCCAUUGGUGAGUUUACAGCUCUGACGAACGUUCUAGCGGAAUGGAAGGAACAAACAAGAAAGAGAAAGCAGGGAAAGAGUCCAAUAUUCAAAAUAUGGUGGGUAGGAGCCAUUAGAGCUAGCAACCAAUACUGCACUUAUAGCCGAAGCCGGAUUUGUUCAAGAGGUGUACGUUAUGCGCCAUCAAGUGAAACAGCACCUUUUCCCUCCACGGACACUUUCUGGGAUAUCGUCAUCUGGAUCAUAUCAUUGUUUGGUGUGAUUCUCUACAGUUACACAAUGUACGGGCUCACAUUGAUCAUUAUCGACCUAGUCUACAGCACACUCGGCGUUAAGGAACGGAUCACACCAAUAUUGAUUGACUGA